CCUACCUUAAAAGGCUGUGUGGUUUACAAUUAAAUAGUAGUUUCUACUCCACAGUUCUUUUGCCUUUGUACUUUCUUUAAACAUGAAAGAGUCUGUAUCUCGAUCAAAGUCAAUUUUUAUAAUAGAGUGUAAUUAUUCUUUAGUUCUGUAUAUACCCUGCAUGUAAGUACAAGGCAGGUCUAGAAAACUAUUAAGAAAACAUGGCAUUUUUAAGUGAUUGUAGAUACCAGGAAAUCAUUAAUCAUUCUCAAUAUUUUUUUCUCUCAUAUUGAUUUGUUAAUUUACUGACUUAUCAGAAUAUAGAAUAUAGAGGUUUGAAAAGGCUCUUGAAAUAAAUAUAAAAUAAUUAUCAAAAAAUUUCUGAGAAUAUAAUUUUUCUUAUGACCCCUAUUAAACGGUGUAUAUAGCAAAUAUUUUAUUCAUGAUUAAUGAUCAAGUAUUAAUAAUGAUCACACAUAAAAGUAGACCUUUCCAUUUAUCCUGUUUUAGGUAUUCUGUAAAACUAUCUUUCUAAAAUAAAAAAAAACUAUAACAAUAACUUUGUGUAUAAAGUAUUUAAUACAAAAUUUUAUAUCAAGUGGCCUGUCAAACAUUCUACAAAAUAAAAUAUUAUUAAUAAUUUGCAAUGGAUAUUGAACAUUAUGUAUCUAUAAAUAAGAAAAUUUUACAAAUGGUUGGAUUUUAUCCAAAAAAUAAAGUGAGGAGUUUUUUCUGUAUAUUAUGCAUGUUUCCUAUUAUUAUACCACAAAUAAUACAAAUUUAUCAAGAUUGGAACGAUUUAAAUAUAGUUCUAGAAAUCAGUUCAGUAUUACUCAUGAUAUUACUCGGUAUGUCAAAAACACUAGUAUGCACUGUAAAUAGUUCUAAUGUGGAAAUUCUUAUUAAUUUUUUAUUAACGGAUUUUUGGCAAUAUGCAACAAAUAAUUUAUUUUAUAGAAACCUAGAAAAAUAUGCAAUAAAAGCUAAAAAUAUUACAAAAGGAUAUUUGUUUUUAAUAUUUAAUGUCUUGGUAGUAUUUUUCACAUUACCAUUGAUUGAUGUAUUUAUUCUGAAAUAUAAAGGAAUGGUUGGAAAUAAUUCCAACUAUUUUCCUUUUAUGGCAUUAUAUCCUGAUUCCUUUUAUGAAUUCCCACUCUAUGAGAUCGUUUAUGUCUCUCAGAUGAUAGCAACUUCUAUUUGUGGUCUUCUUUUACUUGCGAUAGAUACUUUGAUAGCCACAGCUGUAAUUCACACAUGUGGUCAUUUUGUAACAUUGCAAAAAAGUCUAAACAAUAUAAAUAAAAAUUGUAACCUGGCGUAUCAACUUCGGUAUCAACGAAAGAGCUCGAAAAAAAUUAUAAAAAAUAUAAAAUAUCAAUUAAUGCGAAAUAUUAAGUAUCAUCAUAUAAUCCUUCGAUUUUGCGAAAUUAUGGAAAAAAAUUUUAGUCUAAUAUUAUUUUUGCAAACUAUAUCUAGUAGUCUGAUAAUCUGUCUAGUAGGCAUACAAGUUAGUAAUAGUGGUUUAACAGAUGGUACUAAAUCAAUGAAAUACUUUUCCUAUUUAAUCAUGGCACUAUCUCAAUUGUUAUUAUUUUGUUUUCCUGGUGAUCAACUGAUCUAUCAGAGUUCUAUGGUUAGCAAAACUAUAUAUUCCAUUGAGUGGUAUCAGACAUCUGUCCCAAUAAAGUCUGAAGUAUGUAUGAUGAUAUUACGGAGUCAAAAACCAAGUUAUAUAACAGCUGGAAAAUUUUAUGUGAUGCAUUUAGAGAAUUUUAAUGCGGUAUAAAUUUUCAAAUGCCUUUUUAGUAUUCUCAUAUAUGACCUUAAAAUAUUUCUUUAUACAUACAUUAUUCAGCUUUGAAAUUUAAUCGUCUAAUGAAUUUUUGCACAAUUUACAGAUUUUGAAUACUUCUCUUUCAUAUUUUAUGGUUCUUAAGAAUUUUAACGCAUAGGAUAAUAAUGUAUAAAAAGCCUUGUACAUAAUAACUCACAGGUACUGUUAAAUAUUACAUAUAUGCUCCCCAUCCAAAAUACAUUUGGCAGAGAUUAUCUAUAUUCAUAGCUUCUAAAAUUAGAUGAUUAGUUUGUCCUUCAACACUAAGAUUUAAAGCAAUAUUUUCUAAUUUUUUUCCUUGAGAACGAACUAAACCUUUUAAACGUUGUUCAAUGUUUUUUAUAUGUUCUACCGCCUAAAAAAAAAAAAAAAAAAAAAAAAAAAAAAAAAAAAAAAAAAAAAACAAAAUUAAUUAUUUACUCUUUAUAAUAAUAAGUAAUAUUUUCAAAAAAGAACUUUAAAAUGCAAAUACCUUUUCGUUAGUUUUCUCUCCAGCUUCUCCUACUUGAUUCUUAUUCCAGCUAACUAAUGGAUCAUAUACAAACGGAGUAAGUACACUUAAUAACGUACUCGAUCGUUGCCUUAAGACUCUCAUAGUUAUUUGACAGGCACGUCUAAAUGGACCUUCUACUUUUAAUGGACCCAUAGCAUCGACCAUAUUGUGUGUUAAACGAAAAGGUACUCUUUCUGGCCAAUCUAAUAGUUCACCCUAAAAAUAUAUAUAGAAAAUAUAUCUUUGAAAAAUUUAUCGAAUAGAAUGAUAUAUGCAUAUUAUAUAUAUAUUUUAUUUUGUAUAUAUAUAUAUAUAU